UUUAUUGCUUUUCUUAAUAGAUAUUCAAUAAAGAACUACAUUUUUAACACCAGAAAAUUAAUAGUAUUUCAAUAAUAUUUUAAAAAACAAGGAAACGGUUUCAUAUGAAGAAAAAGGUUAAUGGAUCUUCCAGUGUCUACAAUUACUGUUGACGUGUAUGUUUUUGAAAACAUGGAGAACUUAAAAAAUCUUGGUAUAGUGUAAUGUUGUUUCUUUUUUGAACAAAUAGUAGAUGUAUUUCUGAAAAUGCUUACCAAAUUUGAAACUAAAUCUGCUAGAGUAAAAGGUUUGUCAUUUCAUUCAAAACGACCAUGGAUUUUAGCAAGCUUACAUAACGGUAUAAUACAGUUAUAUGACUACCGUAUGUGCACCUUGCUCGAUAAAUUCGAUGAACAUGAUGGGCCAGUGCGAGGAAUUUGUUUCCACAAUCAACAACCUCUUUUUGUUUCGGGAGGAGAUGAUUACAAAAUAAAAAUUUGGAAUUAUAAGCAACGAAAAUGCAUAUUUACUCUCCUGGGACAUUUAGAUUAUAUAAGAACAACUGUUUUCCAUCAUGAAUAUCCUUGGAUAUUAAGCGCGUCAGAUGAUCAAACGAUUCGAGUUUGGAAUUGGCAAAGUCGAGCAUGUAUUUGUGUUCUGACAGGGCACAACCACUAUGUAAUGUGUGCUCAGUUUCAUCCCUUUGAAGAUAUCAUAGUGUCGGCAUCACUUGACCAAACAGUUAGAGUAUGGGAUAUUUCAGGAUUACGCAAAAAAAAUGUCGCACCUGGACCUGCGGGUUUAGAUGAACAUUUGAAGAAUCCUGGUGCAACAGAUUUGUUCGGACAAGCUGAUGCUUUAGUUAAACAUGUUUUAGAAGGACAUGAUCGUGGCGUAAACUGGGCUAGUUUUCAUCCAACAUUACCAUUAAUUGUUUCUGGUGCAGACGAUAGACAGAUUAAAAUGUGGCGAAUGAAUGACUCUAAAGCGUGGGAAGUUGAUACAUGUCGCGGUCAUUAUAAUAAUGUGUCUUGUGUAUUAUUUCAUCCUCGUCAAGAUAUAAUACUGUCAGAUUCAGAGGACAAGAGUAUUCGCAUUUGGGAUAUGACAAAACGAACAUGUUUACAUACUUUUCGUCGAGAACAUGAAAGAUUUUGGGUACUUGCAGCUCAUCCAACAUUGAAUUUAUUUGCUGCUGGACAUGAUUCUGGCAUGAUAAUUUUUAAAUUAGAGAGAGAACGACCUGCAUUUACAGUAUAUGGAAAUGUACUAUAUUACAUUAAAGAACGGUUUUUACGCAAAUUAGAUUUUAGCUCAGCUAAAGACAGUUCUAUUAUACAAAUUAGAGGAAGCGGAAAAAUUCCCGCUCAUAGUAUGUCAUACAACCCAGCCGAAAAUUCAAUACUAGUAUGCACUAGGGUAUCAAAUAUUGAAAAUAGCACUUAUGACUUAUACAUUUUACCAUCUGAUAAUGAUAAUACAGAACCUGAUGCUAAACGAGCCUCUGGGAUAACCGCUAUUUGGGUAGCUAGAAACCGCUUUGUCGUUCUGGAUAAGCACGUCAGUACAUACUCAUUGGUGAUAAAAAAUUUAAAAAACGAGGUAUUAAAAAAAAUCGCAAUCCCCAACUGCGAUGAAAUUUUUUAUGCUGGAACAGGUAUGAUUUUCUUACGAGAUACAGACCAAGUUAUAUUAUUUGAUAUUCAACAAAAGAAAGUUGUAGCUGAAAUUAAGAUUUCUAAAUGCAGAUAUGUUGUGUGGUCUAGCGAUAUGAAUUCUGUUGCUUUAUUAUCGAAACAUUCCGUAACAAUUUGCAAUCGCUUAUUGGAACAGUUGUGUUCAAUUCAUGAAAAUACACGAAUUAAAUCAGGUUCAUGGGAUGAGUCUAAUGUAUUUAUUUAUACAACUAGUAACCAUAUUAAAUAUACAGUUAAUAAUGGAGACCAUGGUAUCAUUCGGACAUUAGACCUUCCUAUUUACAUUACACGAGUAAAAGGAGAUCAAGUUUAUUGUUUAGAUCGAGAAUGUAAACCUCGCAUUUUAAGAAUUGAUUCAACGGAAUAUAAAUUUAAAUUGUCUUUAAUUAAUCGUAAAUAUGAAGAAGUUUUACUUAUGGUACGGUCUGCGAAUUUGGUUGGCCAAUCGAUAAUUGCCUAUUUGCAGCAGAAAGGUUAUCCAGAAGUUGCUUUGCAUUUUGUAAAAGAUGAAAAAACAAGAUUUAGUUUAGCUUUAGAAUGUGGCAAUACUGAAGUAGCUCUGGAAGCAGCAAGAGUUUUAGAUGACAAAAAAUGUUGGGAAAAUCUAGCUCAAGCAGCGUUACUGCAAGGAAACCAUCAAGUGGUUGAAAUGUGUUAUCAAAGGAUAAAAAACUUUGAAAAGUUAGCCUUCUUGUAUUUAAUAACAGGAAAUUUGGAAAAACUCAAAAAAAUGACAAAAAUAGCCGAAAUUAGAAGAGAUUUUUCUGGUCAAUAUCAGGGUUGCCUUCUACUUGGUGAUAUAGAAGAGCUAAUAAAAAUUUUAAAGCAGUCGAGUCAAGAGGCGUUAGCUCAUAUAACAAAACGUAUAUAUAACGUUGAGUGUACACAGUAUUUGCCGAAUAUCGUCAAUGAUGGCGGAAGCAAGGAAAACUCUCAAAUAUUUUCAUUUUGCUUACGGCCACUCCUUCCCGUAUGUUAUGUCGAAAGUAAUUGGCCUCUACUAACAGUAUCUCGUGGAUUUUUUGAUGGAUCUCUUAAUUCCAAAAAUCAAAAUCAAGUCAAUUCAUUAUUGGCUCCACAUGAAAACAAUUCAAAUUCUGAAGGUUGGGGAAGUGAUGAAGACGAAACUGAAAUACACGAGUCUGUAACGUCGAAUUUUAGAGUGGAUAAAAAUUUCACUAACGUUUCAAAUUUAUCAGUAGGUUGGGACGUUGAAGAAAUAGAUCUUCCAAUAGAAAUAGUCUCAACUGAAGCUCUACAAUUAGAUGAAAAUUAUUUUUCGCCACCUUCAAAAGGUAUAUCAAUUGCCGAAAUUUGGACAGCUGAAUCUCAACUUUCUGUUGACCAUAUUUUGGCAGGAUCAUUUGAAACAGCUUUUAAACUACUAAAUGAACAAAUUGGCAUAGUUCAAUUUAAGAAAUUUAAAAAACUGUUUUUGAGUAUAUUUUUAAGUUCUAAAACAUCUUUAACCUUAUUUCCUAGUACCAUUACGAUAUAUAACUAUCCAUUACGCAACUGGAAAGAAAAACACUCAAAACUGCAAUUACCAGUCGGUAUAUUGCAACUACCUGAUCUUGUAGACAAAUUACAAGUCAGUUAUCAGUUGACAACGGCUGGAAAGUUUGUAGAAGCUGUUGAAAAAUUACAAUCAAUAUUACUUAUGAUUCCUUUAUUGUAUUUAGAUUCAAAACAAAGUAUUGCUGAAGCACAGCAGCUUAUUGAAAUUUGUCGAGAAUAUAUCUUGGGUCUUAAAAUGGAAACGGAAAGAAAAAAUAUUCCAAAAAUUUCAUUACGAGAUCAGCAAAGAAUUUGUGAAAUGAUCGCUUAUUUUACACAUUGUAAUUUACAGCCAGUUCAUCAAGUUUUAACUUUACGGACAGCAGUAAACACAUUUUUUAAAUUCAAAUACUAUAAAACAGCGCGAUCAUUUGCUCGAAGACUACUAGAACUUGGACCAAGACCAGAAAUAGCUCAACAAAUCAGGAAAAUUUUACAGGUUUGUGAUAAUAAUCCAACCGAUGAAAAUCAAUUGGAAUACGAUGAACAUAAUCCAUUCACACUAUGCGCAGCAUCUUACAAACCUAUUUAUAAAGGAAAAACUGGAGUGAAAUGCCCAUUUUGCCAUGCAUCCUACCAAGUGCUGUUCAAAGGUCAAAUUUGCAAUAUUUGCGAAGUAGCAGAAAUUGAUAAAGAAUGUAGUGGAUUAAAAUUAACUUUUUUACAUAAAUGAUUAAAGUAUUUUACGUGAAUCGUAAAAUACCAAAGCUGUAUUGGUUACAUAAUACAAAAGGUAAAUUGGAUUAAAAAAUUUAGUGAUUUUGUUAACGAUAAAUAUAUAGUUCAAUUUAGAAAAAUGUACGCGAGAGAAUAUAUCCAUUACAUUACUGCAGACCACUUUUUUUAUAUAGCUACUACCUUCAGCUAACUUCUAUAAAUUAUUAAACAUAAGUAACCAAUAAAUUGCAAUAAAUUAAUCGUUAACCUUCAAAAUCAUACAUUAAAUA